CCUGAGCACAGUGGCCUGAGCAGCAAACAUGAGGACACGCACGCUUCUGUGCAUCACCCUGCUGGGCCUGCUGCUGUGGGCCUCCUGCACCCGGGCUGACGACGCUGAAACAAAAGAAGACGCAGAGAGCAAAGAGGCAGAAGUCAACGAUGAGGCAUCAACAGAAACCACAGAAGAGUCAGACGAGGAGGAGGAGGAGGAGCAGGUGCCAGAGAAGGAGAAAACAGAGGAGAUAGAGGAGGAGAAAGACGUGAUGGUGCUGCACAUCAAGAACUUUGCCAGAGCUCUUAGUGAAAACAAGUUUUUACUGGUUGAAUUCUAUGCUCCCUGGUGCGGUCACUGCAGGAAGCUGGAGCCGGUUUACGCCGAGGCUGCUGGGAGACUGAAGACCGAGGAACCUGAUGUGGGUCUGGCCAAAGUGGACGCCACAGAGGAGAAGGAGCUGGCUGAAGAGUUUGACAUCGGAGGUUUCCCCACUCUGAAACUGUUUGUCAACGGAGACCGCACACAGCCUCUAGAGUACACGGGUAAGAGGUCAUCAGAGGGAAUCGUCCAGUGGAUGAAGCGGCGUGCAGGUCCUGGUGCUCCCAUACUCGACUCUCCAAAAUCUGCUGCUCAGUUCAUCGAUUCUAAUAACAUCACUGUUAUCGGAUUCUUUGAGGAUCUGGAGAGUGAGGCUGCCAAGGCAUUUAAGGAGCUUGCUCUGGAUGCUACUGACACUGAGUUUGCUCUGUCAGCGAGUCCUGAGGUUUUCCAAAAGUAUGAAGCAAAAGCAGACUCUGUGGUGCUUUUUAAAAAGUUUGAUGAAGGCCGAGCAGACUUUGCUCUGUCAGAAGAUGAGCCACUGGACAAAAAGGCACUGACCACCUUCAUCAAUGAAAAAAGCCUGCAGCUGAUCAUCCCAUUCAGCCAGGAGGUUGCAGAUAAGAUCUUCUCCUCCAGUGUCCACCUGCACGGCCUGCUGUUCAUCAACUCGUCUGUGGAGAGUCACAUGACUCUGGUGGAGGAAUCGAGGGCUGUGGCCAAAAAGUUCAGGGGAAAGAUGCUGUUCAUUACCAUAGAUGUGAAGGAUGCUCUUUCUCACGUGCUGAAUUACUUCGGGGUAUCCGAAGAAGACGCCCCCACCACACGCGUUGUCGACAUGCAGUCAGGAAAGAAGUAUGCCAUUACUUCUGGAGCUCUGACAGCAGAGUCACUAGAAGAAAUCUGUCAGGGUGUCGUGGAUGGCACUGCCAAGCCUUACUAUCGGUCUGAAGAAAUCCCAGAGGACUGGGACAAAAAUCCAGUCAAAGUGCUGGUGGGGAAAAACUUUGAGUCUGUUGCUCUGGACCCGACCAAGAACGUCUUUGUGGAGUUCUACGCCCCAUGGUGCGGACACUGUAAGCAGCUGGCUCCCAUUUGGGAUGAGCUGGGUGAAAAAUACGCUGACAAGGAAGACAUUAUCAUCGCCAAGAUGGAUGCCACAUCCAACGAGGUGGAGUCUGUAAAUGUUCAGAGUUUCCCAACACUCAAAUAUUACCCCGCGGGAGAGAAUAAAGAGGUGGUUGACUACACUGGAAAUAGAGAUCUGGAGACUUUCUCUAAGUUCCUGGAUAAUGGAGGAAAGCUGCCUGAGGAGGAUAGCGAUGAUGACGAGGAUGAUGAUGAUGAUGAUGACGAUAAUGACGAUGACGAUGAUGACGAUAAAGAAGAUGGUGCCAAGGAAGAAGUCAAGAAGGACGAGAGCAAGGAGGCUGGAGAGUCUGAGGAAGCAUCAACCGAGAAAUCAUCUAAAGAUGAGCUGUGAGGUCACUGGUUUUUGGCCAAUCGGGAUCAACCUAGCAUAUUCGAUUUUUUUAAUAUUAAAACUAAGUUGGUUUACAAAAUAAAUGCCAGUGCACUCAUUAUUCAUUUAAAAGCCUGGUGGGCUUAUCAUUUUGUCACUGAUGUGAUGAGUUUACAACAUUUAACUGAGAACAUUUACAUCACAAGAAGUCAAAUUACUGCGUUAUUUUGACUUAUACUGGACUUUGAGAAUGCAUUUCAACAACUGACUGGAAUCAGACUAAAGUAAUUUUUCUCAAGUUGUGCAAACACACCUAGAUAAUGUAGCUGGAUACUGAUUUGCUCUUGCAUGUAUACACCUAAAUCAGAUCCAAACCAGUUGCGGAGUUCUGCACAUGCCCCGCAGUCUCCAAGCCAGGCUUUGACAUGGCCUGACAGCGUAGAUGCUAAGCAAAGCACAAGUUGUGUCCUUGCCUCUAUCCCCUUGCACAAAAUUAAUUGUUUUUGUUCUAAAUUAAAGUGCAGAGUAUGUACAAAAUUUGCAGCUAUGUAAAGUUUGACCAUGUUUUCACUGUUUGACAAUCGGCUAACUGCUGCCUAAUAGUUAGGUUAACUGGAACUAGAUCCAAUAGUAACAGGCUGAAUGGAUGGAUAUCACCACAAGCAAAGUCAGGCAUACUAUAACAUAAAAAUGUAUUCUUCUACAGCGACUGUUUACUGAGACGAGGACAGUAGACCAGUAAAUAUCCUAACCAAGCUUUAAGCAUGGCUAGAUAGUAAACAUCAUUUUAGUCAUUUAAUCUCUUCAAUAAUGUCUUCUGGAGUUAGCAGGUUAGAUUUGUAGUUAAACUGGCCUCAAAAGAAUCUCUUUGUUUUUUUGUGACAGGAAACAGUUAAAUAACAAGAUGUAACAAAGGCUAAACAGUAACACAAGCAAAAGUAGAUGUAGAGUUAGAAACAAAAAUGUGAAACAGUCUUGUGUUUCUGGUUUAAAAGACAGACGUGUCAUUAAAAAUGCUGAAGAGACCUCUGACAGUACAGAGGUCAUUUUAUGAAACACUUUCACUAAACUGAUUGCCAGAAAACUCAGCUAGUCUUUUUUUUCCUUUCCUUUUUGAGUGAAUAAAUAAUGAAAGUUAACUUUAAGAUAAAACAAAAGAGAUUUUAACUUAUUUUCUAAUUUACUAAACUUUUGCUGGUUUCAGUCUAGUAUAAAAUGAGAAAAAAUAAAGUUAUACUAAACAAAUGCUUGUCCCUUAUUGGUGAUCUGUUUCAUUGUGUUGCUCACCUGCUGAACCCAGGGUUUCCACUAAUCCUUAAAACUAUCUCAAAUGUGCUUUCCUUAAA